GGUUCUAUGUCGUUGACGUUAUCAUAGAUUUGGAAGUGAAAGACACAUUCUGUGUAUUUAGGUGGCACGAUGUGGGAACAGGUUGAGAGAGUGUCCUAAGGCAGGCAGGUUCGAUGUGAAAUGAUGGGAUCUUGAUUCAUGGAUGGGAUUUCUGGGUUGAUUAUUUCAUUUUGCUAUUACAAGAGUUCAGGAGUGUGCAAGCCCAUGUCCCCUGGAACUGUUGGUGAUGAAAUCUGUCAAGCAAGAAUUUUGCUAGUGUGAGUCUGGCCUAGGAUUUUGCUGCAGAUGCAAGAAUGUCGUGUCGAGAUUGACGCAGGUGCUACCCUGGUCGUUGAGGUUUUCGUUAUCCUUCUGUUUGUUCUUGUCCUGGAGGUGAUCCGAUGCACAGUGAAAAGCUGACGAGUUUGAAGAGCUUAAAUAUCUUUGACGGAGAAUUGAACAUAUCUUCCUAUUGUUCCAAAUAUUGGCUGAGAGCACUUGAAGUGAUUGCCGUCACUCUACUGACUUGGGAAUCAUUCCGACCUGCCAAGAAGAAAUGUAAUAUUGGACCAUCGUACGACGAAUCGAGGCCGAGCCGACUACUCCUGUUAUUGUCAUAUGUAUUUCUUAUCUGAAGGUAAGGUUUUUUUGAUAUGUUUUAAGGACUCGUUACUGCCAGAGCGGACCAAAGACUGGACUUGAGUCCCUGCAAUUUGUUUCGUUUAAAAAUUGAUUCAACGCAGUAUUCAUCGAGGUCUUAUUGGAUGGAUAGUUCCACCUUCCCUUUGU